CGCCGUUGGGUUUGUUUCUCGAUCCCGAUCUUUUUCCACAUCGAGCACUUUAUUUUCAUAACUAGGGGCGUCAAGGGCUGUCAAUGACAACAGAAUACUCCGCCACUUGUUGCUCGCAUGCUGUACCUGACCUGUCCAAUCAAAACAAUGAACCUGACUCGUCCGCCAGUCAAAGUCGUGUUUUCAAGAGAAAAACCAAGAGAAAAACCAAAGUUGAAGGCGACGGCGGCCGCCGUCGAGUGUCCUGACGCCCUGACGUCCAGACGUGCCGAGGAUGGACCGCGUGCUGCGCUCCACGGAGUGCCCCUUCACGUGGGAGACGCCGCUGCUGCCCGUCAAGGACCUGGAGCGCUACCUCUCGGUGAUCGACGACAAGGACUCGUUGUGCAUGGUGUGGAACGAGGUGAUGAUCAAAACGAGGCUUGCCGCCGCCUUUUGCCUGGAGAAGAGAGUGCGGUCCGAGGCGGUGAGCAGGCGCUACAUCGUGGAGGCCUACUUGCGCAUCGUGCCCGCCCUCUGGGGGCCCCGGGAGGACGGCGACCUGGUGCAGGACUACGGGCUGGCGCUGCGGCACCUCGUGGACGCCACGUGGGCGCACAUCUGCAGGGACUUCCACGGCGGCGACCCGGCGGCGAUGCGCCACCUGGACGCGUUCCUCAGGCGCGACAUGGUGCACUUCGACACCUUGUGCGGCCACUUCAAGUCCGCCCUCGUCGCCAUCCGGGCGGACAUGGCCGGCUACCCUGAAAACAUUUCUGCGGCGAGGCAGGCCAUCGAGAUGAACCCCAACGAGGGACAGUGGCACACCAUCCUGGCCAAGGUGAUGGUCAACUCGCGGCAGACGCUGAAGCAUGACGGGGUGAGGUGGCUGCACAGCACGCAGGAGGAGAAGACGGCCGCUGAGACCGGCCACAAGCUGGCCAGGAACCCCGAGUCGUACCUGACCCUCGCUCGCGUCAACGAGGACCUGGGCUACUACUCGAAAGCAGUGGAGCUCCUCAGAGAGGGCAUCGCGGCGUACCCCCACAACGUGUACUUGCUGUGGCGCGGGGCCGACAUCGUGCGGGCGCUCCCGAAGCCGCACAGGAACCGGGCGCUGGCCGUGCGCUGGUACGAGCGGGCCCUGGACCUCGAGGGCGACUGCCUGAUGCUGCACCAGCGCCUCGGGUCCCUGCACCUGGAGCGCAACGACAAAGCCGCCGCCGCCACGCACAUGAAGCGCUUCGCGUGCCACAUGAACAUGUCCUUCCCGUCCAUCGUGGGCAGCGACCUCAAGGAGGACGAGUUCUACGAACUCAUCAGCAAGGGGGUGGAUAAGUUCAUCAAGAGCGAGGUGCCCCACUACUACCGCUAGGACACGCUCUGACCGACCCUCUCUGUGAUUUUUAAAAUGGGAUUUUUUAAAUGUUAACUGAUAAGUGUUUUUUUUUUUUUGUGGUCUAUGUGCUGCAUGAAUGGUGAAUUUAACUUGGAUUUGUUUGACUGAAUUUUGUAUGGGUUUAUCAAGUAAACAUCAGAGAGAUGAUCCUGAUAUGUUUUUGUGUUAAGUACGUAAAAUUUUAUUUUCGAAAAAUAAUUAUCCUAAUUUUUAUUACAGAAA